AAAAACGCGUGCACAUUUUCCAUGUACAAUCUGUCAAAAUCUCGAGUUUUUUGCUCUCCACGCCACGGCAGGGAAGUGACGACCGCUCAGUAUUUACACACAUUUCGCACUUCGAACAGUUCACAGGAUAAGAGUGAGAACCACGCGCGACCCGCUAUAGUAUUUUUACCGUUCCGAUUGUACUUUUUUCCCUUUGUGAUUCGGUCCAGAGACAGAUUCGCUACAGUUAAAUGUUUCUCUGCUGUGAUGACAACGAACGAACUAAGCGAGACGCCUUUAGGGAGACUUUUAACACUUUUCGAACAAAAUGCCUACUCGGCCGGGGGCUGCGAAAAGGAUACCACGGAAUAUGAAAUUAUCGAGCAUUGUUCCCGCUUGCUUCGACUUGACUAUGAUGUUAUCGAGCUCCCGAAUUUGCACGGUGAACACUGCUCCCAAUAUCCAGCGAGAAUUCUUAUUCCGGAAUCCGAGAAGCUGCCUUUGGAUCGGGAAUUGAACGCGCCACAACACACGGCCCAGGAGACCAUCUACGAAGGCACUACAGACCUAUCUCGGCUGCUAACAAUAAUUCCCCAGGCGAAAUUUGCGAGAUGUCGAAAACGGUUUCCAGUUCCUGUGAUAUUGUUCCGCGGAAAGUACAUUUGCCGCUCGUCCACGGUCUCCUUGAACAUGGAGAGCAGUGGUCGACGCGUACUAGAAAUAGCGUCCCAGAAGGUGGGCGAUAUCAGCGAUACAAUUAGGAAUGUCUGUUCGAAGCUAGUUGGGGGAGGUGAGAAGAAUGGCAAUCUUCAGAAAGAGUCGGGCAAUGGGAAUAGCAACAGCGAAGUAUCUACAACCAGUUCCAGUACCUACAGCAGCAGGCCAGCGAGUGAGAUCUCAUCCGACGAGCAACCAGACUACGAAGUCUUGGACCUGUCCGUUUUGAACAACGAUCCCGUCUACAAAUACGACUUAGACUUACUGAAAGCGCUUGACAUUGGCGCCAUAGCAGACUUGAUGGUGGAGAUGAAGAAAGUAAAAUUCUGGAUGUUUGUCUCAUCCUCUGAAAAGGCUGACGAAAUGAAUCGCUAUGCAGGCUUUGAAAUCAUAUCCAUUCCAUAUCCCGGUUGUGAAUUCUUCAAAAUCUAUCGCGAACACAGUUACGAAGCACGCCAGAUACGCUUUGAUUGGGACCAAAACUUUGUAGACGCUGAGAUCUCCAUUCCAGCCAACCGAAUCACACAAUCGCUGCAGUUUGAUUGGCGCCAGUACAAGCGUUGGGAUCUAGUCGAGAUUACACAGAAUUAUUUGAAAAUUAUUCUGAAGUACAUUCAGGAUUUAAAUAAGGGAAUACUUAUCCACUGUAUCAGUGGUUGGGAUCGUACUCCGCUUUUCAUAUCCUUGGUGCGUUUAUCACUGUGGGCGGACGGACUCAUACAUAAGUCAUUAACGGCUGCUGAGAUAACAUAUUUCACGGUUGCGUAUGACUGGUAUUUGUUUGGUCAUCAGUUGCCCGACAGACGAGCCAAACUUGAGGAGAUCUUGUUCUUUUGCUUCGAUUUUUUGAAGUACAUUGAAACUGAUGAUUAUCAGGUUGUAAAUACAACAAGGGUUAGGACGAAAACGUCAAGCUCGACUAGUAGUAUGGUCAUAAUCGAUGCGGAUACAGAUGUGUUCGAUGAUGAAAAUGUCAGUCCGAAUGCUUCUCGCCUAGAUAACACAGCAGCUCAUAAGUCUUCCACCGAAAGUUUGUCAAUGAAUCGAUCUCCCCAAAAGAAGAGUAGUCCUGUUUCAGUGCCAGGCAGACGACAGCGAAACGAUUCAACGAGUGAUUGGCAGAAUGUAACAGAAACUGGCAGCCUCGAGAAGGCUAGCCUACCAUAUGAACCUGGUACACGGGCGUAUAUGGAACGGGCGAAUGCUCGAAAUAAUACCGCCUGUCGCCAGGAACGUCUCAAAUGUGUUCGCGCGUACUUCAUCAAAAUCUAUGCCAACGUUCUGGAUUUCCAUGGCGGAAACAAUAGUGGACUACGUGACCUUUUAGAAAACUUUGCGGCACGGAUCGCUGAUACAUUUAGAUGAAAAAAAAAAACCGCGGGAUAUUAGUAUAAUUUUAGUUUGUUUGUGGGUAAUGUGGAUAUUCCAAGCAAUGUACAAUGAAUGAAGAUGUAAAAAAGCCACUAAGUGUGUAAGUAUAAAGAUAGAUAAAAUAGAUGAAUGGUACGUUAGUUAACUAGCCGGGGGAAAUAUUUCCUACGUUAAGUUUUUAUGAUAAUGUUUAAGUGGAAAAAAUUACAAAGUACUGCCUAAUUAUUUGAAAACUUUUGUUAUUUUUAUGAUAUUGUUAUUAUUGUUUAGUUUGUAUUGUAGUAAAAGAAGCUCUUAGAUACGAAAAA